AUGUCUGUCAAGCUGCAAGAUUCGAUUCAGGAGGCCGUCCAGGAGAAGAUCCAGGACUCGCUCCAGGAUCAGUCGGUGCGCCAGGAGACCAAGGAGUUGGCGCAUCUGGUUGGUGAGCGCCUGACUGGCGGACCGACACAGAUUGGCUAUCUUGCGCUCUACCUGCGCCAACUCCAAUCGAACCCGCUCCGUACCAAGAUGCUCACCUCCGGUGUCCUUUCGGCUCUGCAAGAAGUACUCGCGUCCUGGAUCGCGCAAGAUGUCAGCAAACACGGCCACUACUUCAGCCAGCGGGUGCCCAAGAUGUCGCUCUACGGCAUGUUCGUUUCGGCUCCGCUGGGACACUUCCUCGUCGGCAUUCUCCAGAAGCUCUUCGCCGGUCGUACCAGCUUGAAGGCUAAGAUCUUGCAGAUCAUCUUCAGCAAUCUAAUCGUUGCUCCCAUCCAAAACGUCGUCUACCUCGCGUCUAUGGGUUACAUCGCCGGUGCGCGUAACAUCCACCAGGUUCGCGCUACUGUGCGCGCUGGUUUCAUGCCCGUCAUGAAGGUUAGCUGGAUCACCUCGCCGCUGGCCCUUGCAUUUGCGCAGAAGUUCCUUCCCGAGCACGCCUGGGUGCCCUUCUUCAACCUGGUUGGCUUUGUUAUCGGUACCUAUGUCAACACCCACACCAAGAAGAAGCGCCUCGAAGCGUUGAGAAAGCGCCACGAACGCCGCGGCGGAAGCGAGUAUGACGGACGCCGUGGUCCUGGCAGUGAAUACGACCGGAGCGACCGCGACUACCGUUAA